AUGUUUGGGCUGGCUUGCUUGGCACUCGCCUUGCCUCUUACGGCAGCUCUUCCCCAGAGCCGUCCAGAAAGUCAGACACCUCCCUUCAAAGCUGAUCUUCGGGUCGAUACCAAUCGCGACGGCACGGUCGAUCUUAGCGGCACGACUGAUACCAACGGCAAGCAUACAUGGUCAGAGACCUCUGGUGCCCUUUUCCUCCCAAAUAUAGGGCAUACCGGACGACAUUGCGGGAAUAAUGACCUCUGCCGUGAUGCUUCUACAAAUUUGCAGUGGGCACCAGAAUAUAUGGCCCCGAUGCGCACAGUGCCCAUGCCAGACAUUCGCGGCUCAGCGACUGCGACUAUUGCUUAUCUCGACGAAUUGCCGCCUGUCGAGAACGACCGUUGGGUGUACCUCGAGAAGGACACGCCAAUCCCAGCGGACAAGUUCAUCCCAUCCAAGUCGCGAUGUAACAUCACAAUUCAUCCUGGCUGCAGAAAUUCACAGUCUGAACGUAUUGAUCAAGCAUAG